CGCCUUUUUUCGGCCAGCGCCCCGUCCCCCUUGGGGAAACCACUUGCUGCCAGCCCAACGUCCGGUCCGUCUCUUUUGCGUGUCUUAAGUCCACGGCUCACCUGAAGAUGACGCAAGCCCCCAACGUCCCCGUCAAGCUCCAGGAGCUGCUCCAGCUCCAAAACAUCGUCAAUGCCAACAGCAUUGGUUUCGGCAACCUGACCUUCGAGUCGGACAAGUACAUCCUUGUCCGCGAGCAGAAUGGUGAUGCCGUCAACCUUGCGAUUGUCGACAUGGCCAACCCCACCCAGCCCAGCCGUCGCCCCAUGCGCGCCGACUCCACCAUCAUGAACCCCGCCGGUUCGAUCAUCGCCGUCCGUGACAGCGACCAGAUCCAGCUGCUGAACAUCGAGAAGCGUGCUCGCCUCAAGAACAGCACCCUCGCCGGAAUUGUCUUCUGGAAGUGGGUUGACGCUUCGACCAUCGGUAUCGUCACCCAGGAUGCCGUGUACCACUGGUCGGUCGAGGGCACCUCGGCCCCGGUCAAGAUGUUCGACCGCCUGCCAGCCAUGGCCAGCGCCCAGAUCAUCAACUACCGCGCCAGCCCCGACAACAAGUGGCUGUUCGUCAUUGGCAUCACCCUUGAUAACACCCGCAUCAACGGUGCCAUCCAGCUGUACAAUGUCGACCGGUCGAUCUCCCAGCCGAUCGAGGGCCACGUCGGUACCUUCGCCACCUUCAAGAUGGACAACAACCCCCACCCGACCAAGGUCUUUGCCUUCGCCACUCGCAGCGCCUCCAGCUCCAUGCUCUGCAUCCUGGAGAUCGACCCGUCCGAGGGCAACGCCGCCUACCAGAAGAAGCAGAUCCCGCUGAACUUCUCCCCGGAGAUCCCCUCCGACUUCCCGAUGGCCCUGCAUGCCUCGAGCCGCUACAACAUGCUCUUCAUGCUGACCAAGUAUGGCUUCCUGCAUGUGUUCGACAUUGAGACCGGCACCCAGAUCUUCCUGAACCGCAUCUCCUCCGAGACCGUGUUCAUCGCCACGGAUCAGCCCUCCACCGGUGGUCUUGUGGCCAUCAACAAGAAGGGCCAGGUCCUGUCGGUCAGCAUCGACGAGCAGCAGAUCGUCCCCUACAUCAUCAACACCCUCAAGCGCAAUGACCUGGCCAUUCGCGUUGCCUCUCGCUGCAACCUCUCCGGUGCCGACAGCUUCUUCAGCACCCAGUUCGAGAACCUCUUCCAGCGCGGUAGCUACCUGGAUGCGGCUCGCAUUGCCGCCUCCUCGCCCAAGGGCUUCCUCCGCACUCCGCAGACCAUCGAGCGCUUCAAGCAGCUGCCCACCCCCCCGGGCCAGCCGUCCAUCCUCCUGCAGUACUUCGGCAUCCUGCUGGAGCGCGGCCAGCUGAACCGCUUCGAGUCCAUGGAGCUCGCCCGGCCGGUGCUGCUCCAGGGCAAGAAGGAGCUCCUGGAGAAGUGGCUCAAGGAGGACAAGCUCGAGUGCACCGAGGAGCUGGGUGAUGUCGUGCGUCAGCAUGACCUGAACCUGGCCCUGUCGGUGUACCUGCGGGCCAAUGCCUCCAACAAGGUCAUCGCCUGCUUCAUGGAGCAGGGCCAGUUUGCCAAGCUCCUGCUUUACGCCAAGAAGGUCAACUACCAGCCGGACUACCAGUUCCUCCUGUCGACCAUCCUGCGCUCCAACCCGGAGAAGGGUGCCGAGUUUGCCGGGCUCCUGGCCAAGGAUGAGGCCGGCCCGCUGCUGGACCACGAGGCCGUGGUCGAUGCCUUUGCCUCGUAUCACCUGGUGCAGCAGGCCACCUCCUACCUGCUGGAGGUGCUGAAGGACAACCUCGAGUCUCAGGGGCACCUGCAGACUCGCCUGCUGGAGAUGAACCUCCUGGGCGGGCACCCGCAGGUGGCCGACGCCAUCAUCGGCAACUGCAUGUUCACGCACUACGACCGGGCGGCCGUGGCCCAGCUGUGCGAGAAGGCCCAGCUGUACCAGCGCGCCCUGGAGCACUACACCGACAUCUACGACAUCAAGCGCACCAUCGUCCACACGACCCUGCUCCAGCCGGAGUGGCUGCUCAACUACUUUGGCACCCUGUCGGUGGAGCAGUCCCUGGACUGCCUGCGUGAGAUGCUCAAGGUCAACAUGCGCCAGAACCUGCAGACGGUCAUCCAGAUCGCCAUCAAGUACUCCGAGCAGCUGACCGCCAAGAGCCUGAUCGAGAUGUUCGAGUCCUUCAAGUGCUCCGAGGGGCUGUACUACUACCUCGGGUCGAUUGUCAACUUCUCCCAGGAGCCGGAGGUCCACCUGAAGUACAUCCAGGCCGCCACCAAGACCGGGCAGCUGAAGGAGGUGGAGCGCGUUGUGCGCGAGUCCAACUGCUACGACCCGGAGGCCGUCAAGAACUUCCUCAAGGAGGCCAAGCUGAGCGACCUGCGCCCGCUGAUCAUCGUGUGCGACCGCUUCGACUUCGUCCAGGACCUGGUGCUGUAUCUGUUCAAGAACAACAUCCAGCACAUCAAUGUCUAUGUGCAGAAGGUCAACCCCAGCCGGACCCCGGCCGUGGUGGGUGCCCUGCUGGACCUCGACUGCGAGGAGGCCUUCGUGCGCAACAUCAUCAAGACCGUCACCGGGACCUACUCCUUCGAGCAGCUGGUCGAGGAGCUGGAGAAGCGCAACCGCCUCAAGCUGCUGAAUGCCUUCCUCGAGCAGAAGGUCAGCGAGGGUUCCACCGACCCGGCCGUGCACAAUGCCCUGGCCAAGAUCUAUGUCGACAGCAACACCAACCCGGAGGCCUUCCUGCGCGAGAACAAGUACUACGACAGCCUGGUGGUUGGUAAGUACUGCGAGAAGCGCGACCCGUACAUGGCCGUGCUGGCUUACGAUCGUGGCCAUUGCGACUAUGAGCUGAUCGAUGUGUGCAAUGAGAACAGCCUCUUCAAGCAGCAGGCCCGGUACCUGGUCCGCCGCCAGGACCCGGCCCUGUGGGAGCAUGUGCUCAAGCCGGAUAACACCUUCCGCCGGCAGCUCAUCGACCAGGUCGUGCAGACGGCCCUCAUCGAGUCUCAGAACCCGGAUGAGGUGUCGCUGGCGGUCAAGUGCUUCAUGGCCGCGGAUCUGCCCAACGAGCUGAUCGAGCUGCUGGAGAAGAUUGUCCUGGAGAACUCCAUCUUCUCGGAGAACCGCAACCUGCAGAACCUGCUCAUCAUGACCUCCAUCCGGGCGGAUCACUCCCGUGUCAUGGAGUACAUCCAGAAGCUGACCAACUACGAUGCCCCGGACAUUGCCAACAUCGCCAUCCAGAAUGGCCUGUACGAGGAGGCCUUUGUGGUCUUCAAGAAGCAUGAUGUCCAUGCCAUGGCCGUCGAUGUGCUGCUGGAUUACAUCAAGUCCAUUGAGCGUGCUUGCGAGUUUGCCGAGCUCGUCGACGAGCCGGAGGUCUGGUCCAAGCUCGGCCGGGCCCAGCUCCGCGCCGACCAGAUCAAGGAGGCCAUCGACUCGUACAUUCGCGCCAACGACCCGACCAACUACACCGAGGUCAUUUCCUGCGCCCAGCGUACCGGUCGCUAUGAGGACAUGAUCCGCUUCCUGCAGAUGGCCCGCGUGACCCUGCGCGAGGCGCACAUCGAGUCGGAGCUGGUCUUCGCCAUGGCCAAGACCGAUCGCCUGGCCGAUCUGGAGGAGUUCGUCAACAGCCCGAACAUUGCCCAGGUGCAGGUUGUCGGCGACCGGUGCUUCGAGGAGGGGCUCUACGAGGCGGCGCGCAUUCUCUUCAACAGCGUGUCCAACUAUGCUCGUCUGGCCCAGACCCUGGUGCACCUGAAGGAGUUCCAGGCCGCCGUGGAUGCCGCCCGCAAGGCCAGCUCCACUCGCGUGUGGAAGGACCUGCUGCAUGCGUGCGUUGCUUCGAAGGAGUUCCGCCUGGCGCAGAUUUGCGGUCUCAACCUGAUUGUCCAUGCCGAGGAGCUGGACAGCGUCAUCCGGCUGUAUGAGAACCUCGGCCACUUCGACGAGCUGAUGGGCCUGCUGGAGGCCGGUCUGACCAAUGAGCGUGCUCACAUGGGCAUGUUCACCGAGCUGGCCAUUCUCUAUGCCAAGUACCAGCCUGCCAAGGUGAUGGAGCACCUGAAGCAGUAUUGCGCUCGGGUCAACAUCCCGAAGGUCAUCCGCGCGUGCGAGACCGCUCACCUGUGGGCCGAGCUGGUCUUCCUGUACAUCCGCUACGAUGAGUUUGACAAUGCCGUGCAGACCAUGAUGAGCCACCCGGCCCAGGCCUUCUCCCAUGCCCAGAUGAAGGACAUCCUGCCGAAGGUGGCCACCAUCGAGCUCAACUACAAGGCCCUGGCCUUCUACAUUGAGUACCAGCCGCUGGCCAUCAAUGACCUGCUGAGCGUGGUCAGCUCGCGCAUUGACCACUCGCGUGUGAUUGCCCUCUUCCAGAAGAACGGCCUCAUUGCCCUGGUCAAGCCGUACCUGGUCACCACCCAGGCCCUGAACCUGAAGGUGGUCAAUGAGGCCCUCAACCAGAUCCUCAUCGAGGAGGAGGAUGUCGAGGCCCUGCGCAAGUCCAUCGACACCUACACCUCCUUCGACAACAUCCACCUGGCCCAGCAGCUGGAGAAGAUGGAGCUCCUGGAGUUCCGCCGUCUGGCCGCGCAUCUGUACAAGAUGAACAAGCGCUACCAGCAGUCUGUGGAGCUGUCCAAGCAGGACUCCCUGUACCGGGAUGCCAUUCUCACCGCGGCCGGGAGCCGCGAUUCGGCCGUCGUCGAGACCCUGCUGCACUUCUUCAUUGAGAAGGGCGACCGCGAGUGCUUCGCCGCCGUGCUCUUCUCCUGCUACGAUCUCCUGCGCCCGGAUGUGGUCCUGGAGCUGGCCUGGCGCAAUGGCUACAUGGACAUGGCCAUGCCGUUCAUGAUUCAGACCCUGCGUGAGUGCACCACCAAGAUCGACCAGCUGGAGACCGCCGAGCGUGAGCGCGCCGCCCGCGAGAAGGAGCAGCAGACCUCCGAGGCCCAGAUCUCGAUGGCCGCUCCGGGCCAUCCGCUGAUGCUCACUGGCCCUGGUGGCAUGAUGAUGCCUCCGGCCCUGCCUGCUCCCCCGGGCAUGAUGAUGGCCCCGCCUCAUGGCGGUGUUGGCCACCCUCAGAUGGGCGGCCACCCGACUGGGUUCUUCUGAAGGGGGCCGGAGCAUGCCGACUGUGCGCGCGCGUACGCGCGCGCAC